ACUGGACGUUCAUUUUCCAGGUCGAAGCCACUGGUCUCAGCUGUGAUUUCACCAGUUCCCUGAAAGAGAAUACCCUGAACCUUCACGGAGCCAGGAGCCCGGCGGGAGCCCCUCGGUCCGGUCCGGCCCGGCGCAUGGAGCCAUGGCCCUGUUCCGCGGGCGGCGGCGGCGGUGGGACCCGCGCCCGCCACGUCAUCAUCAACGUGGGCGGCUGCCGCGUGCGCCUGGCCUGGGCCGCGCUCGCGCGAUGCCCCCUCGCGCGCCUGGAGCGCCUGCGCGCCUGCCGCGGCCACGACGAGCUACUGCGCGUGUGCGACGACUACGACGUGAGCCGCGACGAGUUCUUCUUCGACCGCAGCCCGUGCGCCUUCCGCGCCAUCGUGGCGCUGCUGCGCGCGGGGAAGCUGCGGCUGCUGCGGGGCCCGUGCGCGCUGGCGUUCCGCGACGAGCUGGCCUACUGGGGCAUCGACGAGGCGCGCCUGGAGCGCUGCUGCCUGCGCCGCCUGCGCCGCCGAGAGGAGGAAGCGGCCGAGGCGCGCGCGGCGGCGAGUCGGGGACGCAGGAGCCCGGCGCGCGCCCUGGGGCCUCGGGGGCGGCUGCAGCGCGGCCGGCGGCGCCUGCGCGACGUGGUGGACAACCCGCACUCGGGGCUGGCGGGCAAGCUCUUCGCCUGCGUGUCCGUGUCCUUCGUGGCCGUCACGGCCGUGGGCCUCUGCCUGAGCACCAUGCCGGACAUCCGCGCGGAGGAGGAGCGGGGCGAGUGCUCCCCCAAGUGCCGCAGCCUGUUCGUGCUGGAGACCGUGUGCGUGGCCUGGUUCUCCUUCGAGUUCCUGCUACGCUCCCUGCAGGCCGAGAGCAAGUGCGCCUUCCUGCGCGCGCCGCUCAACAUCAUCGACAUCCUGGCGCUGCUGCCGUUCUACGUGUCCCUGCUGCUGGGGCUGGCGGCAGGCUCGGGCGGGACCAAGCUCCUGGAGCGCGCGGGGCUGGUGCUGCGGCUGCUGCGCGCGCUGCGCGUGCUCUACGUGAUGCGCCUGGCGCGCCACUCGCUGGGGCUGCGCUCGCUGGGCCUGACCGUGCAACGCUGCGCGCGCGAGUUCGGGCUGCUGCUGCUGUUCCUGUGCGUGGCCAUGGCGCUCUUCGCGCCGCUGGUGCACCUGGCCGAGCGCGAGCUGGGCGCGCGCCGCGACUUCUCCAGCGUGCCCGCCAGCUACUGGUGGGCCGUCAUCUCCAUGACCACCGUGGGCUACGGCGACAUGGUUCCGCGCAGCCUGCCCGGGCAGGUGGUGGCGCUCAGCAGCAUCCUCAGCGGCAUCCUGCUCAUGGCCUUCCCGGUCACCUCCAUCUUCCACACCUUCUCGCGCUCCUACUCCGAGCUCAAGGAGCAGCAGCAGCGCGUGACCAGCCCCGAGCCGGCCCUGCGGGAGGACAGCACGCGCUCGGCCACGGCCACCGAGGACAGUUCGCAGGGCCCCGACGGGGCGGGCGAGGCCGCCGACUCCGCGGACGCGCUGUGGGUGCGGGCAGAGCGCUGACGCCUGCGCCGCCCGCACGGGGAUCCCCCGCCCCCUCCAGCUGCAGCGUCGGGACCCCCGAGGCGCGCCGAGGGCGGGGGUCGUCUGGCUCUGGGGAGCGGCUCCUGCCGGCCGCAUCCUCGGCCCUCCUGUGUGAGCAGCCCCAGAACUCGGCGGGGCCCCGCCUGACUCCCCUGGCAGCGCUGGGCGAAGUCACUGGCCUGUGUCCUCCUGCCCUGCUUCUUCCUUUGGAUUUUUAAUUUUCUAUACCUAGAUAAAAAUAAAUUUAGUAAGUCCCAGAAGUUCCACACCGACUGUGGAUGACUUCGUCCCCGCCCCCGACUUUUCCUGCCUCCGGCCAGGGAGAAAGGGGUAGCGCGGCCCUUGCCAGGCCCCCAUGGCACCCAGAAUGGGCACCCUACGGAAGGAGGCCCUCCGCAUCCACCUCUGCCCAAGGCCACAUCACCUUCCCAGGGAUGGGACAGAGGUUUGAGCCGACGCUCACAGCACCCCCAGUGCCGCCCCAGUAACUGCCCUUUUGGUGGUCAGGGAAGAGGAUUCCAGCCCUGACCUCUAACCUCCAUUCCCUGACACCACCUCCCUGGGGAAUCUUCAACUCUUGACCUCAGGGAGGGUGACAAGGGCCUCCUGACACUCCCUCCGCAUAAGGUCUGCGUGUGGCAUUGCAACCCUUCCAUGGCCGCCUUCUGGGCCUUUCUGCAGGUGGAGAGGAAGGAAAUUUCCACACGGCGCUGCUCUGCACUCGUUCAUUUUGAUGAGUUCAUCCAGGAAACUUGAGACAUGAUGGCCACAGCCCGAAGCGGAAGGGGGAUGCCUCACCAGAGGGUCCCACUGUCCAUCACACAGCAGGAGUCUGUAGGGGACGCAGGUGUGGAGAAAGGGGAGCUGUGCAUGGCCCCGGUGAGUGCCUGAGUGCAAGCCCCAGUCCUUUUCCAUAGCAGACCUGCAGCAACCCACCGGGACCACGUGGGGCUCAGACCUGCCUCCCCCAACAGCCAGGUCAGCUGGUGCCCCAGGUGCCCAUGACGCGGAGGGUCCAUGGACGCCAGGCACACAGCGCGGGUGGGCCUGGGGUCUGGCUCUGCACUGAGGGCCACUCUCACAGUGACAGCCUUGGGUCUUGCUCAGGAAUGAGCAGAGCUUGGUACUGGUCUGAGAGGCCCACGCAGAGGACAGCCCGAGGGGCCACGCGCCGAGGCCGGUGCCCCCUACUUGCUGCUUGUCCCAGCAUUGCUGGUGACCCCCAAAGACAGAAGAAUUCCUCCUGUGCGGUGAGGUGCUGACCACCAUGAAGACCCCCAGAAAUAAACCCAAGUCGUUCCUCCACGGAGGGCCAGGUCAGAGGUGGGGAAUGUCGGGGGAUGGGGAGUCUUGGACCUGCCCCUCCCCAUUUUGGGCUGCAGGGUCUGGCCAGGGAGCCCCGGGGCCCUCCAAGACCAGGCCCACCAGAGGCCACCCUGGGUCACCAGGAUGGGGGUGCCGGGCACUUGUGCUGAGACUGGGGUGGGGGUACAUUUCCUCCUGAGCAGGUGCCCACCCAGCCCCUGGGCAUCCUUUUCCCUCUACAGGUGCCCUGUGGGCCACCCUCUCAGGCCCCUGGGAAGGGCACAGGGCUGGGGCUCAGGGCAGGCCUCAGUUUCCUCAUGUGGUGACAGGAAUAUGAACUUCUCAGGCUCCCACGACCUGCUCUUUCCCACGGAGGGGCCCUCACUGGGAGUCCUCCUCGGCCUCCUGCUUCCCUGGUGGUGCUUUGUUGCUUAAAACUAUCAGAAGGCAUCGCAGGGUGGCAGUGCCUUGAGAGUUGAGAAACGCAGCUAUUUCCACUGCUGCCCCCACCCCCCACGGCUCCCACAGUGUGGGGUUGAGACCUUGCCCCCAUUUCCUGUUAAAACCCGGUGGCCCAGAGUGGUCCCCAAGAACUGCCUGUCUCCACACCCUGAAGACGCACAACCCCACCCCUGCGCGAGACCUCUGGUUCAUCUGGCACCACCCACCAGCACUUGAGGAGGGCGAUUUGUGUCCGAGACGUUCUAGACACGCUGGCCUUCAUCUCCCAUCUUCCCCCAGGCUGCUGCCUGGAUGUGGCCUGUGCCCUCUCCUAGUACCCGGAUGGACCCUUCAACCCAAAUCCUGCCCUGCACCCACGCGACUGGUUUUACUGGACAAAGAAACUCGCAUCUUGCCUUCAGUGUAAACACUGCACGGAAAAAAUCACAGUGCGCACACAGCUCCGCCUCUAUGAGCUGCUUCGAGAUCACAAAUCUGGAAACGCUUCUCUUGGCCUUUAAAGGAGGCCUUUCCCAUGCUCUGAGCCUUCAGUGGUGGGAGGCAGAAGGGCGGAUGUGUGAACCGCAGAGGCCAGGGCAGCCAGACCCGUCUGUGACGAGCCGAAAGGACCCCUGGGCCACUGGCCCACAGGCAAAGGGUAGUGACAGGUUGAGGGGGCUGGGCUGUCAUUUGGGGGCCCUGGAGGAACCCGGGUCACACAG